AUGGGGAAUACAAUACCCCUUACUAAUUGCUUCAAUCGCAUUGAUCGAGAUCAAACAUUCACUUGCGAGAUUUGCAUGGAACCAGACAUCCUCCUCAACUUCAAAUUCAACAACAACAACAAACGAUGCCGCCGGCGUCAUCCUUUUUGCACAGAUUGUAUGAUCAAAUACAUACAAGUGAAACUCGAGGCAAACGUGUCACGCAUCAAAUGUCCUGCUAUAACCUGCAAACGCUAUCUUAAACCCUUAUCAUGUCGUCCCAAAAUCGCAUCACAAGUGUUUGAAAAAUGGUGCGACGUGUUAUGUGAAUCAUCUGUGUUAAGAGUUGAUAGGGCUUAUUGCCCAAACAUUGAGUGCGGUGAGUUGAUUUUGAACGAGUGCGGUGGCGAUCUGACAAGAUGUGUUUGUCCGUGUUGCAAAAAGCCUUAUUGUUUCCGUUGCAAGGUUCCAUGGCCUCAUGAAGGACGUACUAUUUGCUUGAAGGCUGAAGAAGCUCAAAACGAAGUCGCUUUUGAUCAUGUUUCGAAAUUGAAUGAAUGGCAAAGGUGUCCAGGGUGUAGGCAAUGCGUUGAGCGCAUCAAUGGUUGCAACCAAGUUAGAUGCAGAUGUGGAACCACGUUUUGCUACAAGUGCGGAAAAGAAGAUUGCAAGAAGAUGUUACAUUGUCCGAACAUUGACGAAAAUACAAAUCAAAUGGUUAUAUAG